GUCCAUAUAAGUAUUGAAAGUCGCUCACAAGCAUUCCUUUUCUAUUACUCUAACUCACAAUAUCUUCUUUCACUCCUUCUAUACAUCUUUACUUCCCGGCAGGUCCGUUUAAUAUUCUAUUCUAUUUUAUCUAGACCGGUUCUAUCUUUUUCCUAACAAUUAUGCAAUAUUCAACAAUUUUUGUCUCUUUCCUCCUCUCCACUGUUGUGGCAGCUCAGGGUACUAACAGAACCCUUACUGAGACUCAGACAUGUAAAGAAAUGUUGAAGUUGAAUGCCUUGGUUCAAUUGGCCAGCAAUCAAACCAAGGUCGAUGCUAUCACCGGAAACAACGCGACAAGAGCUGCUUCUCUCCAAGCUCAAGCUUCCGCCGCUUCUGUGAAACUCACGGAGCUUCAAAGCAACACUACCCUCAUGUCCGACUGCGCUGUCAUUGAUUCAGCAAUCAUGACCAAUUCAUCAUGCAAUCAACAAUUUCUCCUCCAAAAAUUUGUUGACUUCGCUGCCAACCAAACACUGGUCUCAGCGACCGUCAACAAUGACAUGACCAAAGUAGCAGAAAUCGAACUCAAAGCUUCAGAUGCCGCCGACAAACUUCAAACAUUACAAUCAAAUGCUACAUUACAAGCAGCUUGUCCAGCAGUCUUCAUGGCCGAUGAAUGUAAAAUGGUCGUUGCCCUUCAAAAAGUCGCAAAUUUGGCUAUGGAUGAUGCGAAGUUGAGUAAGAUUGCCAAGGGCAAUUCGACAAAGGAGGCAAAUAUUAAAGCUGCGGCUAGUGUGGCUAGUAUGCAGGUCAUGAUGUUGGAGGCGAAUACUACUUUGAUGGCUGAGUGUCAGAAUAUGGGUAUUUCGGUUUCUAAUGCUGCAACGGAAAAAUCAACUUCUUCUACCGAUUCUAAGUCGACAGCGAGUAUCAAUAGCAUAAGUGUCACUGCCCUCUUAAUGGGUGUUUUGGCUAUGGGUAUGGCUAUGUUGUAAAGUUUUUAGAGUACAUAUCGGGAUCAAAUGGAAUGGAGUUAGAGAUGAUCAUUCAAGUUAUUAGAUAAGUAUUGUUAGUCUGGUGAUUUUUAGAGUAUAUAUUAUUAGAAAUCAAUUGGAACUUGGGAAUUGGGGAAUCUGGGAUGAAAUAGAAUAGAAUGUGA